AUGGUGCAUUUUCCCGACGAAGUUUGGACGCUCAUCUUCGGUCAGCUCGAGUUUGACAUCCGGGGACCUGAUUAUACAGACGAAAACGAACCAGGAUCAGAGGGCCUUGCAGCACUGUCACGGCUAUGCCGCACCUCAUCUCGAUUUCUGCGGCUUGCUCGACCAUUUUUGUACCGCAGCUUGCCCUUAUCCAAUUGGAGGCUUCACAAACAUCUCUUGCACACUCUCCAUCAAAACCCACACCUCGCGCGGAGUGUAGAGAACGUCACCCUAGGCGAGGGCGUCUUCAGCCGCGACGAUAUCACGUCACUCCUUUUGCCGUAUUACUCGGAGGCAUCCCCGCAAUCCGAUCCGAGGUCCGCCGCUAUCGAUGCGGCGCUCAGAGUUGUGGCCGAUGGCGAGGAGUGGCAGGAGGGCGUACCUGAUCUUUGGUUCGCACACUGUGCCACCAUUUUGCCCAACUUGAAGUCGCUAGAGUACGCGACUCGAAGCUUCGAUACGCUAUUUCCGGAGAUCAUCGCACGAGCAGCUAGUCAGGGGGUCAAUAGACCCGUCGUGGAUGGCGAAGGUUCACAUACGGUAGUUCAGGAGACUCCGUCGGCAUCACAGACUCAGCAAGAUACGACUUCAGCUACAAUGCCGCAGUCGUCUCUACCGCUAGCAAAACUUGAAGAGUUCCGGAUCAGGAAUCAAGACACUGAGUUGGCCGUCCGUUUGGUAAACUACCAAGACUUGUUUCUCCUGCCACAGCUUCAAACGUUUCGCGGCUGGGCAGUGGACCUUGACACUAGCCUCGCAGCAAGUGCCCAGACACCACGAAGACUGAGCUCUUUGAGGUAUGCACACUUCAUAGAUUCUCUCGCAGAGGCCGACGGUAUUUGCAACCUCCUACGCACAUGCCCCUCGUUGGAGACGUUGGAAAUCACUUGGGGAUCAUCUUUGGUUGGAGACAGCACGCUCGACUUUGAUCAUAUCGGCAGGGUUCUGCGCGAACACGGGGCAGGCCUGGUAGAAUUGGAUCUGGACUGCCGGGAAUGCUUCUCGUUCGAGGAGGCAGAAUGGAGCGGCAAGAUUGGCGACCUACGGGGCUUGCAGCGCUUGAAGCACCUGUCGGUUCCUCAACCUAUCAUGCUCGGAAAAGAGGAUGAUCUUCUUCCCAGUCUGUCCGACGUCGGCGACAGUGACGAGGAAGAAGAAACUGCAGACGAAGCUCCCAUUUCGGAGGACAGCCUGGAAAGCCUUCUGCCGGAGUCUUUAGAGACCUUGCGUUUCUAUAGCGUGUAUGAUGAGAAUGAGUGGGUGCGGAAAAGUAUCCAAGGUGUUCUUUCCAGCCAACGGCUGAAGCAGCUCGUGGAGGUGCAGUUGGAUGAUUGCUGGCGAUUCAACGUGAAAUGGGACAAGACUGGUUGGCGAAGCAAGAAAAGUUCGGGUAAUUUGAUUUUUUAUAAGUGA